UUUACAGACUGCUGCACAACUGCUACCGAACCAAACGUACCUCGGCCCGCACACCCAGGACCAGCAUGGACCUCCACCGGACCAGUAUACUAAACCAAAUGGAUUACAGCCGGGAAGCGAAAGAAGGGAAGGCGGCUCAGUCGACGGAGGAGCGGCUGGACAGCGGCUUGGACUCGCUGAAAGAGGAGGAGUACCAGGCUGUGGCCGCCGAGAUCCUCCGGCUCCAGCUGGAACACGAGCCGCCGCAGCAGCACCAAGCCCCGGCGGUAACCGGAGAGCUGUACGACUGGCAAACACAGAUCACCGAGGAGGGAGACACGUUGCUCCACCUGGCCAUCAUCCAUGAAGCCAAGAACUACAUCAAAACAAUGGUGGACCUGUCUAAAAACACAGACUUCCUCAACACACAAAAUGACUUGAGACAGACUCCUCUCCACUUAGCGGUAAUAACGAACCAGCCGGACGUCUGCCACAGUCUCCUGGUGUCCGGCUGUGACCCCACGCUGGUGGACAACAGCGGGGACACACCUCUUCACAUCGCCUGUCGCCACGGUAACCUGCAUUGCUUCAGCGUCAUCACACAGAACUGUCAGCCGGAGCAUCUACACACGGCGAUGGCUGCCUGCAACUACAACGGUCAAAACUGCCUCCACAUGGCCUCGCUUCAUGGUUUCCUCUCACUGGUGGAGAAAAUGGUGGAUCUAGGAGCUGACAUUAACUCGAAGGAGCAGCAUAACGGCCGCAGUGCGCUGCAUCUGGCCGUGGACCAGCAGAACCUCUCCCUGGUCAGACUGCUGCUGCAGAAAGGAGCAGACCCCAACCAGCUGACCUCCGGAGGCCACACCCCCUACCACCUCACGUACGGUUUGGACAACUGUGACAUCAGGAAAGAACUGUACUCGCUGACCAAUCCUGACCUGAGGGAGUUGCCGGAGAGCGAAUCGGAUGAAAGCGAGGAGGAAGAGGACGAGGAGUCUGAUGAAGAGGUGCGUUACGACGACAUUCAGUGGAACGGACAUUAGCAGGAAAUGAGAGAGCGAGGAAGUGACAAAGGCAGGGGAAUGUGAUGACGAUGAUGAAGGACAAAUGGUUCGGCAGGAUUAAUGCUCCUGCGGUGACGUGCCAGGAGGACACGGCGUCUCCAUCAGGGCAUGACUGCUACCAGUAUAAGACGGACAGGCGGCUGCAAAGAAGAGGAAGUGAACAGAGACUGACGGCUGCCGGAGAGCAAACGCACGAUCACGUGACACAUUAUCAUGGGAUGGCAUUGCUGUGUAAGAGGAUGGCUUGUAUUCAAUGGACACUGCAAAUCUUUGUCAUAAACAACAUCCAUCUGUAGAGGUGUACCUGUAACGGCUCUGUUGUAUGAUAUUGUAAAUGCUGUGUAUACAAAGAUGUAUUUUUUAUGGAAGCUGUGAAUGUGUACAGUUGAGCAGGUUGUAUAUGUCAGGCAGCAAACAGUUCCAGCACACUCCAGUUAAAUUAAAACACUCAUAUUUAACA